GGCGGCCGGAGCCGAGCCGAGCAGGUCGCUGGGCCGAUGGCGGCGCUUGCUGCGGCGGCGGCUGCUGCACGGGGCGGCCGGGGGCCGCGCUGAGCGCUCGGGGCCGGCGGCCGGGCGGGGCGAGCAGCGGACCCCGGUCUUGUCUACCCUGCAAACUGUAAAGGCACCUGGAAGACUAGUGGUUACACAAAUCACAGUUGAAAGCUGAGGAAUUGAAAGAAAAUAACUUUUAUUCUGACAGUUUAAAACGGCUUUUGUUAAUGUCCGUUUAACUGCGGCAACAAAGAGGACAGCUGUUUGAGAUUCAACACUCCACUCCUUGAAAAAGGGCAGAGAGUUUAAAAUCCACAUUGGACACCUCCCACACUCCCUAGCAAAGGCAGGGGAAACCAGACUUUACAUUCCUGAUAUCUCAAAGCGAAGCAGUCAAACUACCAUGUCUGGAAUCAAGAGAGUGAUUGAGGAGAAGGACCCGGACUAUGAGGAGAUUUCAGUCACACAUCCAAAUAAACGUCACAAAGCAGCAGAACAGUCAGCUCGAGAUGCUGCUGUACAGAAGAUUGAGACAAUUAUUAAAGAGCAGUUUGCUGUUGAAAUGAAGAAUAAGGAACAUGAGAUUGAAGUCAUAGAUCAGCGCCUUCUUGAGGCAAGGAGGAUGAUGGAUAAGCUUCGUGCCUGCAUUGUGGCUAACUAUUAUGCUUCUGCUGGUCUCCUUAAAGUUGGAGAGGGAGCCAAGACAUGCGACUCUAUGGCUUUUAAUCAUCCUUCAAUCAAGAAGUUCUUGGAAUCGCCAUCCAGAUCCUCAUCUCCUGCUAAUCAUGGAUCAGAAACGCCAUCUGCUAACCAUUCAGAAAGUGACUCAUUAUCUCAGCACAAUGACUUCCUCUUGGAGAAAGACAAUGGCAGUCUGGACAUGGAAGAGCGAUUGGCAAACAACCUGGAUCAGAGACCAAGCAGAAAUACUGGACGGGACACUUCUGGUGUUACAAGCUCUCAUAAAACAGGCCAGCGAAAGGCCGGUCUGUUAAAUGAUGAGACUUCACGGCUCUAUGUGAAGAAAACAAUUGUGGUUGGCAACGUUUCCAAGUAUAUUCCUCCUGACAAGAGAGAGGAGAACGAUCAGUCAACCCAUAAAUGGAUGGUGUAUGUACGAGGCUCUCGGAGAGAACCCAGUAUAAAUCAUUUUGUCAAGAAAGUCUGGUUCUUCCUUCAUCCCAGUUACAAACCUAACGACCUGGUGGAAGUCAGAGAGCCUCCAUUUCAUUUAACCAGACGAGGCUGGGGAGAAUUUCCAGUAAGGGUUCAGAUUCACUUUAAGGACAGCCAGAACAAAAGGAUCGAUAUCAUACACAAUCUGAAGUUGGACAGAACCUAUACUGGCUUGCAGACACUUGGUGCAGAAACGGUAGUGGAUGUUGAGCUACAUCGGCAUUCUCUUGGCGAGGGUUAUCUCUUUUCCCAGUCUUCUGAAUCUGACCUUUCUGAUGUCCCCACGUCUUUACCAUUACCACUAAGUAUACCAGCGCCAGUGAAAGCUUCUUCACCAAUUAAACAGUUACUUGAGUCCAUUCCAGAUGCUUCUGUGGAAAAAGGAUUCCCUGUGAAUGCUGAAACUGAAAGACAUACCACUUUUUAUUCCCUGCCAUCUUCAAUAGAACGGACUCCCACCAAAUUGGCGACACAGAAAGUAACCUUUGGCUCUCAUGGAAAUUCAGCUUUUCAGCCAAUUGCGGCUAGUUGCAAAAUAGUACCUCAGGGUCAGAUCCCGAGUCCCGCAGAAUCUCCAGGAAAAUCCUUCCAGCCCAUCACCAUGAGCUGCAAGAUUGUAUCAGGUUCUCCAAUAUCAACCCCAAGCCCAUCUCCGCUACCUCGUACCCCAACCUCCACUCCAGUGCACAUGAAGUUGGGGUCUGCUAGUUCAGUCAUUAAUAACCCGUAUGUUAUUGUGGACAAGCCGGCACAGAUGGUCGGAGCAGCAGCCACAAGCACAGGAAGCCCAACAAGCAAACUGACAAGUGUCUCUCAAGCCUCUCAUGGAGCCGGCUCUCCAGUCUCAAAGAUCCAUGGAAGCAGCUUGGUAACAUCUGCUGUCAAGCAAGAGGAUUCUCUGUUUGCAACCAUGCCACCCCUUUGUCCAAUUGGGAGUCAUUCUAAGGCACAAAGCCCUAAAUCUGUGACAGGUGGACUUGGAGCUUUUACAAAGGUGAUAAUAAAGCAGGAGCCUGGAGAGCUGCCCCAGCAACCACAGCUGCCGGUGACUGGAACAACCUCACAGGCCUCUGGGCAGCAGUAUGUCACUGUGAAGGGGAGUCACAUGAUAGCUUUGUCACCUCAGAAGCAGAUCAUGAGCACAGGAGAGGGGACCACCCAAUCAAAGGUCGUUGGGGUUCCUGUCAGUUCUACUUUACAGUCAACAGUGAAACAAGCUGUGGCUAUCAGUGGUGGUCAGAUACUUGUGGCAAAAUCCAGCUCUUCAGUAGCAAAAGCUGUUGGUCCAAAGCAGGUUGUAACCCAAGGAGUAGCAAAAGCCAUUGUGAGUGGAGGUGGUGGAACAAUUGUUGCCCAACCUGUGCAAACUUUAACGAAGGCUCAGAUGACUUCAGCAGGGGUUCAGAAAAGUGGAUCUCAAGGUUCAGUGAUGGCUACGCUGCAGUUGCCAGCCACAAACCUGGCAAACUUGGCAAAUUUACCACCUGGCACCAAACUGUACCUUACCACCAACAGCAAGAACCCUUCAGGAAAAGGAAAACUGCUUCUGAUACCCCAAGGAGCCAUACUGCGAGCCACAAACAAUGCUAGUCUCCAGUCAGGCUCUUCUACAAGUGCAGGAGGAGGUGGAGGAGGAGCAGCAGCGGCAGCAGCCACUGCCCAAAGCACAAGUAGUGGCUUAUCCCAGCAUCUCACCUACACGUCCUACAUCCUCAAACAAACACCACAGGGCACAUUUUUAGUUGGUCAGCCAUCUCCUCAGCAUUCUGGAAAGCAGUUGACACCAGCGUCAGUUGUUCAGGGCAGUGUAGGAGUCGGAGCAUCUUCCGCUCAAGGACAGCAGGCAUUAAAAGUAAUAACUGGACAGAAGACUGCUUUAUUUGCCCAGGCGGCUCCUGGUGGACAAACGUCACUGAUGAAAAUAUCAGAUGGUUCAUUGAAAUCGGUGCCAGCUUCCUCACAGCUCUCCAAACCCGGCACCACCGUGCUGAGAGUUUCGGGAGGGGUGAUCACUGCGGCCACGACCCCAGCCAUGUCCCUCCCUGCAAAUGGAGUUUCACAGCAAGUGGAUGGUGCAGGUUCCAGUUCAUCUUCCACUGUGGGUCCUGUGGCAAAGACAUCAGGACAGCAACACCAAAUUUGUAUAAACCAGGGGCAGUCUGGUUCAUCAGUAGCUAAUAAAACUCCUACUUCUACUGUUGUAAGUGUUGCUUCCUUGAUGACUUCACCAACCCCUGUUUCUGGCAAAGCUGCUGUAUCAGGAUUGUUAAAGAUCCACUCAAACCAGUCUAGUAGUCCCCAGCAGGCUGUGCUGACAGUACCUAGCCAGAUCAAACAGCUCAGCGUAAAUACAGCACCUGGGGGUGUUCAGACUAUACUGAUGCCUGUGAACAAAGUGAUACAGUCGCUGUCUACCAGCAAAGUGUCUGCUGCGACUGCUGUAACUUCAGCCAGUACGGUUGUACCCAUCUCCUCCACAGCAUCUGUCACUAAAGUUAAGAUGGAGCCUGAUUCAGCGGGACAGAACUGCAACUCUCUGGUCUCCCAAGAUGGUCAAGCAGCAGUAAAAACAGAAGAGAGCUCAGAACUUGGAAAUUACGUUAUCAACAUAGAACAUUUGGAGAAUGUCCAGCAACUUUUAACAGCGAUAGUGAAGAAAGUUCCAUUAAUUGCUGAGAAAAGUGAAGAUGUCAGUUCUUUCCGUGCCAGUUCAGUGGAACAGUACUACAGCUGGAAUAUUGGAAAACGAAGAGCAGCUGAGUGGCAACGAGCAAUGACUGUGAGAAAAAUCCUACAAGAAAUCAUAGAGAAGCAUCCCAGAUUUCACAGCAUCAGCCCCCUGAAAACCAAGCAUGUGGUGCAUUGGUGUCGAUGCCACGGCUACACUCCGCCCGACCCUGAAGCCCUAAGGAAUGAGGAAGAUUCAAUAGAAGAUGUCCUGACUCAAAUAGACAGCGAGCCAGAAUGCCCAUCUUCUUACACCAGUGGUGAAGAACUCUGCCGAAAACUGGAGGAGCUGCAGCGGUUUCUGAAACAAGAACCAGAGAAUGAUGAGGAAGUGGAUAUCCUCAGCUUUACUGAGCAACUGAAAAUAAACAUUAAAAAGGAACAGGAAGAGAAACAAGAGGAGAUGAAAUUCUACUUGGCCUCCCUGCCUGCAUCAGAAUUUGUGAGGGACAUGGCACAGAAGAUAGGGAUUUCUUUUCAGCCUGUUGAGCUGCACAAGAACAUUUAUGCAUCAGUAAUAGAAGAUAUGGUUUUAAAGGCCACUGAACAACUUGUGAAUGAUGUCCUAAGACAAGCACUGGCUGUUGGGUACCAGACCGCUCCUCACAACAGGAUUCCAAGAGAGAUCACAGUGAUGAAUAUUCACCAAGCCAUCUGUAAUAUUCCCUUUCUUGAUUUCCUCACAAACAAACAUAUGAGGAUAUUAAAUGAGGAACAGUGAAAUAACCUGAAGAUGCUGUAGUAACAAUGGAUUGAAGAGUGAAGUAUUUAAUGACAAUUCCACUGACUCUGUAGGACGCUAUUAUAUACAUUUUAUAAUGUUGGGCUACUAGAUCAUUACCUCCAAUUAAAGAUGCACCUUAAUGCAACAAAAUGAUGCUCUGUUCCAAAUCAAGUUGUUAGAUUGCAGUGUUGUUUACUCAGUAAGUGAUGAGCGAACUUUGUCAGUUUGCAUUCAGUUGCUAGCUGAAAAAGACUUGGCAGCAAAAUAGGCCUCCUCCAGCUGAUGACUGGAUAGCUUGCUGAGGUGAUGUAUUUUUAAGAUGGAAAUCCACAGCUCCCUUUGAGGCAAUCCACAGACCAGUACAGGUUUUGCUGUGAGCUGGGGGGCCAUUGGAGACCAUUUUCCCAAAGUAUCGCGAAUACAUGCAAAGCAAUAGGCAGCUUUGGGAGUUGGUUUGUUUGGAGGCUGAUGUUUGUGGUGAGCGACUUGUGCAGAUAUAGUUGAACGCCAUGAACAUGGCUCCAGUUACACAGCAGGACCAACCAUGCAGUUAACUGUAUGGUAACAAAUAUUUCCUUCCUUUAGGAGGGACUGAGUGAGCACCUCAGACAUCCCGGUGAUGGUAGGUUGGGGGCAUGGCCAAGAUGAAUGAAUAACGUCAAAUUUAAAGAGACUAACUGAGCAUGUGACCUAUGUGAGGGGAAAAGUAAAGUGACUUGGAUGCAUGGCUCAUUUCAUGGAGGAUUGUGUCACGAUUUCUGGGCGUUAAUUGGCAAGAUCCUUUGCUUCUCUAGCAAAUAUUGAUCUUGGCUGCUGGAAGAAUUCCGAUUACUGAGCUGGAGAGCAAGCCACUUGCUCUGUAAUACUUGUUUAAAUCUUUGGAGAACAUUAGUCCAUGAUCAGCACAGAUUGUGAGGAACUGACUGCAACAAAGCUUUGGUUUAAACUCUGUAUAGCAGAAAGGUGCCCAGCAGGAUUGGGGAAAACACAGGUACUUUGGACAUGGCAGCAUCUGAUACCAUGGCUGUGGGUAGAACCUUUACUUCCGGUCCCACCACUCACCUGCUUUAGGUAUUGCCAUGUUCUCCUCCUUGUGAAUGCCACAUCUGAAGGGCACACUGCAGCCUUGCGAAUGCUUAUUGACGUAAGAAGGUCUAACCAGCAAUAUAAAAAUCUUCCUGGUAUGUAAAAAUGCUGUCAAUGUUGAAGGGCCCAAAAUUUGACUAUUACUUUACCAGGCUUUCAAAGUCCUUGUCUUUUUGAGGCAGUACCACAUAAUAGGUUGAAUGAGGGCCUGAGAGCCGGGGACUCCUGAGUUCUGGUCCCAUCUGGGUCACUCAUUUGCUGCUUGGCCUGGAGGAAGUUGUGUCACUGCUCAGUGCCCCAGUUUCCCCAUAUGGAAAAUUGGGAAUAAGGAUACCUAUCUCAUAGGGAUGUUCUGAGGCCUAAUUAAUAUUUGUGCUGCAAUUUCAAAAUGUAAAGCAUUUUAGAAGUGCUAAAUAAGCUUCUUUUGUUGGGGAAUAGGGUGUAUUUCAAAACUAAUACUUGAGUGCUUUCUUCACUAGAAAAUUAAUAAACUUGAUACUAGGAGCUCUGCAGUUAAACACAACUAUGUGCAUGCUCCAGGGAGAGUGAUUCAGCUGAAAAAAGGUGGUUUCAGGCUUUCAAGGAGCAGGUACAAACCAGAAUAAAAUUAAAUUAGUUUUUAAACUAUAGACCCUUGACACUGUCCUCCUCAGGCCAGAAUCAGCCAUUGGUGCACACCGCAAAGAGGACCUUCAUCUGCAGAUAGUCCCAUUGAAAUCAACAGGACUGGAGUACAGUACUACUCAGUUUGCCCUUAACAUUGAAAAUGGGACUGAUGAGAGGGAAUUUGAGUUGGGCUCUGAGAUGAAGAGCUUUGAUGGCAUUGCCGUGGAUGUUUUAAACACUCGGGCCCAGCUGUGGAAUUCUUACUUGUGCUGGUGAGCACCCAGCAAGGGCAGUUGCCUGAGAGAGCACUCGCUGGCUUGAGGAGCAGCUGCACAAUCUGGCCCUUGCUCUACAAUAGUCUGAAGUACUCUUGCUGUGGGGACUCUUGCUAGAGCACAGGGGCUGGGCCAGUGCUGAGAAUGGAGAGGAAUCAGUUUAAUUUAGGAAUAUCAGGCCCUAUCUUAGCUUCCCUGUUGGGGGCUGGCAGCCUCUUAUCCUUGAUGUUUGAUUUGCAGACUGUAGGGAAGUCAAGCCUCUACACCUUUUAGAUACACUUAUACACAAUUUGUAAGUUAGACUCUGUAGUCCCAUCCCAGGCUGCAUAAAACCUUCUUCCCUAUGUGGCAGUUAGUUGCCCUUUGGGGCAGCCAGUGCACUGGUAUUCUGGAGCGACACAUGCACUUCCGUCCCUUAGUACUAAAUGAUUCAUUGGGUGCCUGGUUUUCAAAAGUGCUGAGCACCCAGCAGCUCCUAUGGAUGUAGGAGCCCAUCUUUGGGCACCUGCCAUUCAAAAUCUUGCCCCAACUGCUUGAGCCGCAUGAUUUUCAGCAUUUGAGUUCUAAAAAGUCCCCUAAACCAAGGCAUCUGUUCUGUAGUAGUUUGAAGGAGCUACAAUGAUUGAGUCUCUUGAUUCAUUUCUAAGCAAGCCAGGUUAAUAUAGUUACCCCAGGAGAAUAAUCCAACGUGAAAUUUGCUAAGAACAAGCUAUCCAUUGAAAUCCAAAGCAGUUUCAAUAAUAUUUGUUUAGUCGUCCAAAUGCAGGACAUUUUUGCAAACAGGUUUUUGAAUUUUCAAGAGUGGUGAGAGACAUUUCUUCAUGAGAACAUAAUCUGUUCCAUCUGAAUUGAAGGGAAGAAAGUUAUGUCACACAACAAGGGGGAGGCUGUAAAAAUUGGUAAACCAAGUUAAGUGUGAAAGAAAUUGGAAUAUUUCAGAAUAUUCCCCUAUAUGCUCUGUGGCUUUUUAAAAAGUCUUAAUGUCAGUCAAAGAUCUCCUUACAACCAUUGUCCAUAUUUGAAAUGUUGAGUGUUAAAUCCUCCACAUUCUGUAUUAUAAUGUAAAAUUGUGUAAUAUACAUAAGUUUACAAUAAAUUCUUUUAUUAGUUGUGA